AUGGAAAGCCAAUUAGGUCUUUUAGACGUUAGCGCUGGAUAUUUUUCUCAAAUUCAUCUUGUCAAGAAAGUUGGGCGCCGAGAUCCAACCGUGCGGCCAAGGAGCCUAAACGCGACUUUGCGGAGAACCACUCGUUCGCCGACAACUAAACAAAGCGCAAAAUUGAGCACGGAGUCGACCGAAACUCCUGUUCACCCUCCCUCUCGUCUAACGUUACUCUUCAUAAGGUUUAUCAUCAUCUCACCGCCUCAGCCCAACCUCGACCUCAAUCUCCAUCUUCUCUAUAAAGGCUUCGCCGAAGCCGCCAUCUUGGCAACACGCGAUCUACGGCGAAGCUUCAGAAUGUGGAGGCGGAAAAGGGUAAUUUGCAGGGGUUCUCCAGAAUGCGCUAUUCCUGAACGAGAUGAUGGCAUGCAGGGACCCCCUUUUCCUCAAAUUUUCACAGUUUCCCGCUGCCACGAUUUCACAAGCCUUGUGAAACAGAUUUUAAAGAAAAUCUUCAGGUCGACGAAUUAUGAGGAGCGCGAGGCGUGCACCGUUUCGCAGAUAUUGCACAUCGCCAGCCAUGAUAUCCUCCCAAACCCAGAUACACCCAGCGUCAUUUGCACCCCGUCCAAUCAGACCUGGUCACAAACAAGGCUCUCUGCACACUGCACCCAAACAGCUACCCUCCGAGCCGACCACUUAGACUUGCAUCGUGGCACGGAUCGCCAUGAUUGGCGGGACCUGCUGCACGACUUCUUAUGGAAGCGGCAAUCGCUGGCCGGGUAUUGGCAUAAAGACGAUGCUGGGGCCGGUGGGACGCGAGCUUUGGGAGACGGCACAGCACAGUGCACAGAGAGGGACAAGAUGGAAUAUAAACAGGCGGGAGGUGGUAUUCUUUCUGAUCGUACACAGUCGUUCCAUACUGUAUCCACUCUUUCCAACACAGCUUCAUCGAGCAUCCACAUUCUUUCAGCUAUUCUUACUACAUCUAUCCCCAUACAUACUUAA